AUGGAUACCGAUACCGGUGCAUUAGCACUGCUGGUACACCGAGAAGGUCAGUUAUCUAAAGUGUCACAAAGUAAUCCAUCAUCAUCAUGUAACAGCCAGUCAAAAUGCUCAAUUAAUUUUGAUUGUGAUUAUAUAGACUUAACAUCUAGUGGUGGUAUGUGUGCUAGUACAAGAAUGAACUGUUUAAUAUUAAAACCAUCUAAUCCGCAAAUAUGUCCAGCAUUACCAACAACAACAUGUAAGUGA